AUGCUUACAGAAAAGUGCUUGGGAUUUGUUUAUUCUGGACUAUGUCUCUGGGCAUCCUUGUUCCUGUCUGUCUUUAAAGUCUCUCAGCAGGGUGAAAGCCAGAGACGCUUGUACAGAGAACUGCUGAGAAAUUACAAUCGUCUUGAACGACCAGUAGUGAAUGACUCCCAACCCCUUGUAGUCGAGCUCCAGCUUUCUUUGCUGCAGAUAAUUGACGUGGAUGAGAAGAAUCAGGUGUUGAUCACAAAUGCUUGGCUGCAGAUGUACUGGGUUGAUGUUUACCUGUCUUGGGAUCAGUAUGAAUACCCAGGGGUGCAGAACUUGCGAUUUCCAGCCGACCAGAUUUGGGUACCAGACAUUCUUCUGUAUAACAGUGCGGAUGAAAGAUUUGAUGCCACAUUUCACACAAAUGUGCUGGUGAAUUACUCUGGAUCCUGCCAAUAUAUUCCUCCAGGCAUUUUGAAGAGCACAUGUUACAUUGAUGUCCGCUGGUUCCCCUUUGAUGUGCAGAAGUGUGAUUUGAAGUUUGGCUCCUGGACUCACAGUGGCUGGUUGAUUGACCUGCAGAUGCUUGAGGCUGAUAUUUCCAACUACAUCUCAAAUGGGGAAUGGGAUUUAGUGGGUGUCCCAGGAAAGAGGAAUGAGAUGUACUAUGAAUGCUGUAAAGAACCAUACCCAGACGUGACGUACACCAUCACCAUGCGCCGACGCACCCUCUACUACGGGUUGAACCUGCUCAUUCCCUGCGUUCUCAUAUCUGGGUUGGCACUGCUUGUUUUCCUUUUGCCAGCUGAUUCAGGGGAGAAGAUUUCUUUAGGUAUUACUGUCCUGCUUUCCCUGACUGUAUUCAUGCUGCUUGUGGCUGAGAUCAUGCCUGCAACUUCUGACUCAGUCCCACUAAUAGCUCAGUAUUUUGCUAGCAUCAUGGUUAUCGUUGGUCUGUCUGUGGUGGUAACAGUGCUGGUUCUGCAGUUUCACCAUCAUGACCCACAAGCAGGAAAGAUGCCCAAAUGGGUCCGUGUCAUCCUGCUGAAUUGGUGCGCUUGGUUUUUACGAAUGAAAAAACCCGGGGAAAAUAUAAAGCCACUUUCUUGCAAAUAUAGCUAUCCCAAGCACCAUCUGAGCGUAAACAGCAUGGAGAUGAAUGUCCUACCUGGGCACCAGUCCAGCAAUGGCAACACGAUCUAUAGCUACCAUGCGAUGGAUAAUCCAUGCUGCUCCCAGAAGAAUGAUCUGGGUAGCAAGAGCGGAAAGAUUACUUGCCCCUUACCAGAAGAUACUGAGCUCGUUCAGAAGAAAGCUUUAAUGGAUACUAUUCCGGUGAUUGUGAAGAUCCUGGAAGAAGUUCAGUUCAUAGCAAUGCGCUUCAGGAAACAAGAUGAGGGUGAAGAGAUCUGCAGUGAGUGGAAGUUUGCAGCUGCUGUGAUAGACAGAUUAUGCCUGGUUGCAUUUACCCUUUUUGCCAUCAUUUGCACAUUUACAAUACUCAUGUCUGCUCCAAACUUUAUAGAAGCUGUUUCAAAGGAUUUUGCAUAA